GUUCAUGUGUGUGUGCCGUGCACGUGGUAGUGUGUGUCCAUGCAUCUGUGUGUGUUCAUGUGUGUGUGCCGUGCACGUGGUGGUGUGUGUCCAUGCAUCCCGUGCACGUGGUGGUGGUGUGUGUCCAUGCAUCUGUGUAUGUGUGCGCCUGGGAAAGGGGCGGUGAGCAGUCAGGAUGAGAGAAAUGCAAGGCCACCACUGCGCUCCUGCCUGUCGGCACCUGGUACACAGGGAACACUCAGCAGUGGCCACAGCUGGCCCUUAUGCCCCAGGCUACAUAGUGCCUGCCAGGGCAGUAACCACCCCCUGACUGGUCAGUGAGGUUGGGGUCGUUUGAUCAAAGAGGAAGAAGGGACAGGGAGCAGGGGUCUCGGGGAGCACCGCUGUGUGCUGGAAGCUGUAUGUCCCGAUAGGACCUGCCUCCCAGGACAACUGUGAGAAGCAAAUCAGAUCAGAGGAGCUUGGGCAAGGCUGCCGUGGGCACCUGCUGCUGCUGCCUGACGUGGGAAUUGCCCCCGCGCUUAGUGCAGGCCACACCCCUUCCACGGCACACAUGGGCAGGGGAAGCUGACGAAGCGGCAAGCACUCUGGGGAUGCUGAUAGGGACGGGGAGGACGCAGGCAAGAGGGGCAGCUGCUGUCAUCUUGCCCACGGCCUCCCUCACCAGAGCCCAGCGCACUGCAAGAUCUUGCCCCUUUCCCGGCCACCAGACAAGAAGCCCCCGAGCACCCGCAGCAUGAAGGAGGAGGCCUUCCUUCGUCGCCGCUUCUCCCUGUGCCCGCCUUCCUCCACCCCUCAGAAAGUCGAUCCUCGGAAGCUCACGCGGAACCUGCUCCUCGGUGGAGACAAUGAGUUGGACUCCCUCAGCCCAGGGAAGGACAUGGAGCCCAAUGGCCUGUCGCUGCCCAGGGAUGAAGGGCCCCCGACCCCAAGCUCCACCACGAAGGUGCCACCGGCAGAGUACAGGCUGUGCAAUGGGUCAGACAAGGAGUGUGUGUCCCCCACUGCCAGGGUCACCAAGAAGGAGACUCUCAAGGCACAGAAGGAGAACUACCGGCAGGAGAAGAAGCGUGCCACGCGGCAGCUGCUCAGCGCCCUGACGGACCCCAGCGUGGUCAUCAUGGCUGACAGCCUGAAGAUCCGCGGCACCCUGAAGAGCUGGACCAAGCUGUGGUGCGUGCUGAAGCCAGGGGCACUGCUCAUCUACAAGACGCCCAAGGUGGGCCAGUGGGUGGGCACGGUGCUGCUGCACUGCUGUGAGCUCAUCGAGCGCCCCUCCAAGAAGGACGGCUUCUGCUUCAAGCUCUUCCACCCGCUGGACCAGUCUGUCUGGGCUGUGAAGGGCCCCAAAGGCGAGAGCGUGGGCUCCAUCACACAGCCCCUGCCCAGCAGCUACCUGAUCUUCAGGGCCGCCUCCGAGUCAGACGGCCGCUGCUGGCUGGAUGCCCUGGAGCUGGCCCUGCGCUGCUCUAGCCUGCUGAGACUGGGCACCUGCAAGCCAGGCCGAGACGGGGAGCCAGGGACGUCGCCAGACGCGUCACCCUCAUCGCUGUGCGGGCUGCCUGCCUUGGCCACCAUCCACCCAGACCAAGACCUGUUCCCACUGAAUGGGUCUUCCCUGGAGAACGACGCCUUCUCAGAUAAGUCGGAGAGAGAGAACCCUGAGGACUCAGAUGCCGAGACCCAGGACCACAGCCGGAAGAACGAGAGUGGCAGCGACCAGUCGGAGACCCCUGGGGCCCCGGCACAGAGAGGGACCACCUAUGUGCAGCAGGCCCAGGAGGAGCUGGGGGAGCUGGGCGAGGCGUCCCAGGUGGAGACAGUGUCGGAGGAAAACAAGAGUCUGAUGUGGACCCUGCUGAAGCAGCUGCGGCCGGGCAUGGACCUGUCCCGCGUGGUGCUGCCCACCUUUGUGCUGGAGCCACGCUCCUUCCUGAACAAGCUCUCUGACCACUACUACCACGCAGACCUGCUCUCCAGGGCCGCAGUGGAGGAGGACGCCUACAGUCGCAUGAAGCUGGUGCUGCAGUGGUACCUGUCUGGCUUCUACAAGAAGCCCAAGGGAAUCAAGAAGCCCUACAACCCCAUCCUGGGGGAGACCUUCCGCUGCUGCUGGCUCCACCCCCAGACUGACAGCCGCACGUUCUACAUAGCAGAGCAGGUGUCCCACCACCCGCCCGUGUCUGCCUUCCACGUCAGCAACCGGAAGGACGGCUUCUGCAUCAGUGGGAGCGUCACAGCCAGGUCCAGGUUCUAUGGGAACUCGCUGUCAGCUCUGCUGGAUGGUAAAGCCACGCUCACCUUCCUGAACCAAGCGGAGGAUUACACCCUCACCAUGCCCUACGCCCACUGCAAAGGACUCCUGUAUGGCACGAUGACCCUGGAGCUGGGUGGGAAAGUCACCAUCGAGUGCGCCAAGAACAACUUCCAAGCCGAGCUGGAGUUCAAACUCAAGCCCUUCUUCGGGGGCAGCACCAACAUCAACCAGAUCUCGGGAAAGAUCACGUCGGGAGAGGAAGUCCUGGCGAGCCUCAGUGGCCACUGGGAUAGGGACGUGUUUAUCAAGGAGGAGGGGAGUGGAAGCACCACGCUUUUCUGGACCCCGAGCGGGGAGGUUCGCGGGCAGAGGCUGAGGCAGCACACGGUGCCGCUGGAGCAGCAGACAGAGCUGGAGUCCGAGAGGCUCUGGCAGCACGUCACCAGGGCCAUCCGCAAUGGCGACCAGCACAGGGCCACGCAGGACAAGUUUGCCCUGGAGGAGGCGCAGCGGCAGCGGGCCCGCGAGCGGCAGGAGAGCCUCACACCUUGGAAGCCGCAGCUGUUCCACCUGGACCCCGUCACCCAGGAGUGGCGCUACCGCCAUGAGGACCGCAGCCCAUGGGACCCCCUGAAGGACAUCGCCCAGUUUGAGCAAGACGGGAUCCUGCAAACCCUGCGGCAGGAGGCUGUGGCCCGCCAGACCACCUUCCUGGGCAGCCCGGGGCCCAGGCACGAGAGGUCUGACCCAGACCAGCGGCUUCGCAAGGCCAGUGACCAGCCUUCCGGCCACAGCCAGGCCACAGAGAGCAGCGGGUCCACGCCGGAGUCCUGCCCAGAGCUCUCAGACGAGGAGCAGGAUGGCGACUUUGUCCCUGGCAGCGAGAGCCCCUGCCCUCGGUGCAGGAAGGAGGCACGGCGGCUGCAGGCCCUGCACGAGGCCAUCCUCUCCAUCCGAGAUGCCCAGCAGGAGCUGCACAGGCACCUCUCUUUCAUGCUGAGCUCCACGGCAUGGGCAGCACAGGCACCAGCCCCCGGCCUCCUGCAGAGCCCCCGAUCCUGGUUCCUGCUCUGCGUGUUCCUGGCGUGUCAGCUGUUCAUUAACCACAUCCUCAAAUAGGAGCCGUGGGGGCAGCUCCUGACCAGCCCUGAGCCCUCCUUCCCAGGCACCCAGCACUUUAAGCUGGCUCUGUGGACGCAGAGAGUCCAGCAAGCACAGCCACUGUGACGGGAGGCCCGGGCACAGGAGACGCCUGGGGCCACAAGGGCACUGUGGCCCAGGCGUGCUGGGUACCUCUUGCGGGGGCGCUGGCCUGUCUGCAGGGCCUUCUGCUCAGCACCAGCCUUAAUGCUAAAGCCAAAUGCAGCUUCCGCUGUGUAAUACACUCCUGGCUGUCUUGUCUCGCCACCCCCAGUCCAGAGGAUGGAUGGAUUUAGGGUGGGAGGGCCUGUUGGGGCUCUGGACAGUCACAGCCCAACAGCAGUGAGUAGGCAGGUUUGGAGGAGCAGCCACAGAGUCCCAAGUGGCCCAGGAGCCCCCCCCACACACACACACACAGAUGCACAGGCCUGCCUUCCUGACACCCUGCCUACAAAGCCGGGGCCGUCCUGGUGGGGCCAGUGGUGGGUGGCGGGCACAGGUGAGGGCUGCUCUGGGGAGGGCAUUUUGGUUUUUUAUUCCACCAUGUGCUGUUUAGAUGGAAGCCCCACAGAGGCAGGUCCUGGAACCACCCCGCCCCCACACCUGGACGCUGGCUCCAGUGGGGAACGUGCAGGUGGAGGUGGUGGUGGGUGCAGGGGUGCGGCUUAGCUGGCCCCGCAGGUGGGUCAGGGAGGCUCAACUUCGCCACUUUACUCAGACCCAUGCACAGUCUUCCCAUUUUACACUUUUUUAAUAAACAUAAUUGCAAUAUUGGAGGCGGGCUGCGAGCCAGUCAGCCUCUGCGUCUGGCCUCCAUCCCGUGUCUGUGCAGCUCUGCGUGUGCGUGUGCGUGUGCGUGUGAAUAUCACAUCUAUGUAACAUACAAAGCCUUAAACUACAUCACAGUGGUGCCGUCCGAGCUGGGGCGGGUGGUUCGGUGCUGUCUGAGCUUGGGUGGGCAGUUCGGUGCCAUCUGAGCUGGGGCGGGUGGUUCGGUGCUGUCUGAGCUGGAGCGGGCGGUUUGGUGCCAUCUGAGCUGGGGCGGGUGGUUUGUUUUCCAGUUUCUGUACUCAUGUCCUUGUCUUCCCUCUUCCCCCAUCUGCGGAUGUGUGUGUGCUCCACACCUUGAAAUAAACAGACACAUAUGUGUGUUCUCUUCUUGGGGCGCUUCUGGAAACGAGAGGAGGGCUUCCCAGGAAGACUCGA